AUGAGAGUCACGCGAGACCUCCUGACCCACAACACUUGGCCUUUCCGCGCGAGAGUCAAGCUCAGCGUCCGGCUGAGUGACCGAGUUGGACCGGAAACCAAAACUGCCCUUCUCUCACGCACAGACACCUUCUCCACAUUGUUCUUUCUCCCCGACCACUCUCACCUCACCAUCGACAGGGUUUCCCUUUCGCCAUCCGAAAGAGCAAGGAAGAUGCCCGUCCCAGAGACUGCUUCGACGGCAUCCACGGCCUCCGAGCCGAGCCGCCUUGGCGUAGCGGCUGCGGAUCUCUCGCUAUCGCAGUCCAUCUCAGCAUCCGCAUCCGAUCUCAAACGACCCGCUUCCGCUGCUUCGUCCAACGAAGAAGCUCAACUUGUCUCCAGAACAAAGACGGCCAAGACGCACUACGGAAAAGCAGCCAGAGCUUUCCUCGCCAAGGAUCUCCAGACCGCACUGCUUCAGAGCCAGCACGCAGCUGACCUGCUCUCCUCAUCCAAUCAGCUCGGAAGCAGCUUGACCGCCUCAGCAAUCCUCAGCGAUUCCGACCUCGACGUUCAAAAGCUCGUUGGGAAGGUCGCCAUCUUGCGCCUCACUGUCUUUACCCAGGUCUAUACCGACACGCAACUUUCAGCUGGCAUCCACGACAAGCUCACACACAUCAAGACUUCCUCUCCCUCGGACGCCGCUUCUAUCGAUCGCAUCGUGCUCCUUCUAUCCAAGCAACCCCAGAGCCUGAUCAGUCACCUGUGGUUUGAAGCUUUACGUCUGUGCACGCAGACGUCCGGAGAGGCCGAUGCGCCAUCGCUCGAUCCCACACCCGAAACCAUCCAUCUGGCGAUCGAGCUGCCCGCUUCCGUCAUCUCGUCCGCGGUGCUUGCAGCGCUUCGGUUGGACGCGCUCAACCCCGCGGCACGUACCGGAACCAAUGCAGCACGCUUGAUCGCCGAGUGGUACCUCGCCUCGUUCUCUUCUGCGUUCGGCGCCGCUCCUCCUACGCCCAAGGCUGCAGCAGCCUACGAAAAGAUCGUGGGUCUCUACUCUCUGCACGUGCUAGCCUCGCGACUGGGCGAAUGGGAGUACGCGCGAGAGUUUGUUGGCUAUUCGAGUUUGGCCGAGUCGAUCAAAUUCGACCUGCUCGAGCAGAUCAACGAAGCACAAGCACAUCUCACUGGCCAAUCCGAACGUGAACAGGAGGCUCUCGCCAAUGCACAAAGGACGUACGCACAGGAGAAGGCGAAGCGGCAGGCGGAAGAGAAGCAAGCAAAGGAGGCAGCCGCAGCCGCCGUAACUGCUGGCAAGAGCGCGAGCAAGGUCGGUGGCAAGGCACGCGACCUGGCAUCCGGCAUCGGCAACUUUCUGACAGGAAACAAAGGCACAGAUGUUGAGACCGCUUCGUCAUCGGCAGCAGGUAGCAAGACCAGCGCAAGCUCUCGUAGCAGCUCUCGAGGCACCCUCGACUCUCCACCAGGCUCGUCGGGCUCGAGCUCCGAGGCAGGAUCACGAUCGCGUCGACAGCGUAGCCAGUCACCCGCCUACUUUUCGCCCCGCAAUGGUGCAGCUGCCGAGUCGAGCUCCUCUUCACCGACCAGCCCGGCCGUAUCUCCCGGCUCCACGCGUGCUGCCGCUGCGAGUGCAGCCAGGGAUGAAGCAAAGUCGGAGCGUCGCUCGCUGCGUCGCUCGAGCUCGUCUCGUUCGUCGGAUCUCGACGCAGGAAACGAGAGCAGCACAUCGGCUGCUUCGAACCAUUCUCGUCGGUCGACGCGCAGCAACGGGGCAGAAGCCGGUGCUGCCGCCUCUUCCAAGGAGCAUCGCUUCAAAGAUGACAGCGGCUAUGCGUCCACUCGAGCUCAUCUGUCGCGAUACAUGGAAGGAGACCAUCGAUCGAGCUCCGCGACUGGCUCUUCUGCGAACAGGAAGAAGCCGGAACGAGACUUGGCAUCCAGCGGCGCAUCGUCAACCUCACUCCUCUCAACUAUCACGGCCAUGUUCGACUUCCGCAGAACCAACCAGACUAGGACAUGGCUGAUGUCGGCCAUCGUGAUGAUGAUCGUGUUCUAUCGCGUGGCACGUCGACCCGCGGCGCAGGGUGCGGCGGCUACAAAGACGAGCGGCAGCGGGGCGAGGAGGAAUGCGGCUGCCCGAGAUGCGAGAAGCAAGCUGGUGGGCAAGAGCGGUUCGACGCCAGGUGGAGUGGUUGGCUUCAACUGGCUCUUCCUGAUCUGGAGAAAAGUCAUGGAUACCAUCAGGAUGGGCACCCAGGUGACUUAUCUGUAA